AUGAAAGUCAUGGGGCAGAUAAUCGCCUGGUCAGCCCGUGAUGAAACUUUGCACACCAAUUCAAUUAUUAUGUUAUUUAAUACAUUUAUUAAAGAGAAUAAUGAAAUUUGGGACAACGAGUUUAAAGAGGAAUUAUAUUCUGCAUGCCGCACUAUUGUUGAGCUUGAGGACGAAUUCAUAAAGCUUGCCUUUGAUUUAGGAGAUGUUAAAGGACUAUCCGCAGAAGAAGUGCGCAAUUAUAUACGCUACAUAGCAAACAGACGGUUAAUGCAAUUAGGUCUUGAUUCCACAUAUGAUGUCAAUGAUAAUCCUAUUCCACAGCUUGAUGAAAUACUAAAUGACGUUGAACAUACAAAUUUCUUUGAAAAUAGAGUAACAGAGUAUAGUCGUGCAGCAAUUCAAGGCACAUGGGAGGAGGCUUUUACUGAAAACGACACGAAUAAUAGGUGA